UCUACUAUCAAAUGUCAAACAAAACAAAAUAUUUUUGUUUUGAUUUUACUUAUCUAUGGUUUAAACUGUUAUACGAUAUAUAAGAAAAAAUAUUUUUAUUAAGUAAAUUUAAUUAACAAAAUGAGCAGCGUACCAUUAUUUCCCAAUCUGAAACCGAGAUUAAUGCAUGCUUCUUGGUUCGACGUCGAUCAGCCAUGCGAUGAUGAAGAUGAAGUCUCCCAGUUAGAAAGAGAUCAUCAAAACUGGUUACAAAUGAUAAAGCAAAAGAACGUAGAUUUAACUCCAAUUGGUAAAACUACAUCAGAGACCAUAGAAGAAGACGAAGAAGAGGACGAUGAAGAUGAUAAUGACGACGAUGAUGAAUCAGAAUCACAUGAUGAAGAGGAGGAAGAUGAAAUAGAAAUGGAUGUGUCACAAGAACGCAGUUCUCCAGUUGAUGUUAGUAUAAGACUUGUGCAAGGACAUGGAGUGCGAUAAAUAUAUUACGGUCAUCAUCUAGUUUGAGCUCUUUUCACCAUGAAAAAAAAAAUAGUAUAUUAUGUACUUGUAUCACUAUUGUAAAAAAAGAAUCUUUGGUCUGUAUUUAUAAACAGAACUCAGUUGAGUUGGACUUGGGUAAGUCAUCCUUGAACUAAAAUCGAAGUUCGGUGAUUCCAGUGUUACACUGGAAUUUAGAGAUGGAUAUUAGCAAAUCUGUAACUUUUAAGUAGUACAUUUACGGAUUUGUUACUACCCAUCUCUAAAUUCACGGGAUAUAACCAAACUUCAAUUUUCGUUCAAGGACAACUCAGCCAAGUUCUGUUUAUAAAUACAGACCUUAGUUCGUAUCUUAUGCAAUUUAAAAAUGAAACAAAACAAAUAUAUUUCUCAAAUCAAAUAUGCUACUAUUAAGUCUUACAGGGUUGGUUGCCAAGUUGCUCAAAAAGAUUACUAUCCAAUUAUUAUCAAAAGUACAGCAAUUGCCUCAACAAUAUUUUAUAUUUUUUAAACUAUUGGUGUUGUUUUACACACCCAGCACCCCUAUUCACACCCUUUCCUGUAAAAUAGGUAAUAUUAAUAGAAAAAAAUGGCAUACUAUUAAAAAAAUAUAUAUUUGUUUCCUUAUUAUUAAUUUGCACAAGAUACGGAACUUAGGUUUUUUGUUUGCAAUAGUGAUACCUACAAAUACGUAUGCUUAGUUUUUCCGUAACUAAAAAGAGCUCAAAUUAGAUAAUUUACCUAUAUUACAAAUGUACCAUAUUUGUGAAACAAAUUGCAAACAAACUGAAGAUGUUUCUAAGAAACAUAAUUGAUGUGAUUAUAGGUAGAAUUAAUGAGGAUUCCUGGUUAAACCUUAUUUAUUAAUAAAUUAUUUGUUCAUAAAAAUAAAUAGUAUAUUACUUACAAUGCUUUUUUUACACAUAAUGUAUUAUUCUACCUUAUUUAUAACUUUUCAAAAUUAUUUAUCUAAAUGGGACAAUGCUAGGCAGUACAACUGUACCUGUAACAACUCAAGGAAUUAAAGCAAAUAUUUGGUUUUUAAUUUUUUGCUAAAAUAUAGUGGGAGAUGCACUGAGAAGGGUGAAGUCUUAUGAAGCGCGCCGUCGCUAUACUGGGAUCGGCAAAAAAACAGGUCCUGUCUCUGGAAAAUUUUGGACACGGAUUUAAAUUUUGCCUCAAAAUUUGUAUGAUCAAUAAUAAACAAUGAAUUACAAAUUUAUAAGUUUUUUUUUUUAUAA